AUGUCGCGCCCCUGGAUUUUCGUAUGCCCGUCCAGCCGCGGGCUGGGCCAUGUCCUGACGAGGCAUCUGUUGCGCAACACCACCGUGCCGAUUUUGGCCACGGCGAGGAGCGACCCAGCUGGCGUAAAGGACCGCCUGCUGGAUGAUAUCAAGCACGACAGCGAGUCCAGCGCGCGGCUCCACGUGGUCCAACUGGAUGUGACGGAUGAGCCGUCGGUCGAGGCCGCCUCACGAGAGGCCGCACGCCUCUUCCCCCGCGACACGCACCACCUGCACCUGGCCCUCGCCAUCCCCGGCAUCCUGCACCCAGAGAAGUCGCUGCGGCAGGUGGACGCCGCCGCCGCGCUGCAGACGUACAGGGUCAACGCCCUCGGCCCGCUGCUGCUGAUGAAGUGGUUCGAGGACUUCCUCCCCCGCAGGCGCACGCAGUUCGCGCUGGGCAACGGCAACGGCAACGGCAACGGCUCCCACGAACCGGUGCGGCUCCCGGAGCGGGCCGUCUGGUUGAACAUGAGCGCAAGGGUUGGCAGCAUCUCGGAUAACCGCAAGGGCGGGUGGUACAGCUACAGGAGCAGCAAGGCCGCCGUCAACAGCCUCACCAAGAGCUUCGACCUGCAGCUGGCGGCCAGGAGCGGCGACAAGGCCAUGGCCAUGGCCUAUCACCCUGGCACCGUCAGGACGGACCUGAGCCGUGAUUUCUGGGAGUCUGUGCCCAAGGAGAGACUGUUUGAGCCCGAAUUCGCUGUGGCGAAGAUGGUCGAGGUCGUCACGGGGAAGGUGGGCCUCGGCGGGAGAGGGAGGUGCUGGGAUUGGAAGGGAGACGAGAUCCUGCCUUGA